GCGAAAAAAUAUUAUUCCUAGCUUAGACUGUCAACUGUUGUGCCUGUUUUAUACACAAACGCAUUCUUUCGAUAAGACUGUUCAGUCAUGACUGUGACCUACACCUCCCGUGUAAGCACAUCGAACGUUGUCAGCAACUUCUUGGGCUUGCUGGUGAGAUGGCGCGGCAGUAUUUACAAGUUAAUAUGGUUGGACCUCAUUGUUUUCUUUGGAUUGUACGUCGUGCUGGCGAUUACAUAUCGCUUGUUGGUAAAUGAAGAGGGCAAAAGGUUUUUCGAGGCCAUUAUAUCGUAUUGCGAGAGGAAUGGUUCCCUCAUACCAUUGUCCUUCGUGCUGGGAUUUUUUGUGAGAAUUGUGAUGAAGCGCUGGUGGGAGCAGUACACGACCAUUCCCUGGCCAGAUGGGAUUGCCAUUCUGAUCAGCACCAGCAUCCAUGGCUCCGACGACAGAGCCCGCGUUAUGAGGCGAACGAUCCUAAGAUAUGUGUGCCUGUGCCAGGUGAUUGUGUUCACCAUGAUCUCACCGCGAGUGAAGCGUCGAUUCCCCACGUAUAAUCAAAUAAUUGAGGCUGGGUUCCUGCUGGAAAACGAAAGAAAGAUCAUUGAGACCAUGGACCAGGCCUUCCCAAGCUAUCCGAAGCACUGGAUGCCCAUCGUUUGGGCAGCUAGUAUUGUGAUGAGGGCUAGGAGGGAGAACAAGAUCAGGGAUGACUACGCGGUGAAGACGAUCAUUGAUGAGUUGAACCAGUUUCGCGGAUAUUGCGGCUUCUUGCUUUACUACGAUUGGGUCAGUGUUCCACUGGUCUACACCCAAGUGGUGACCGUGGCCACCUAUUCCUUCUUCUUGUUCAGCGUCCUCGGGCAGCAGUGGAGGGAAAACGCCACAGAUCAGGACGGCCUAAGUAUUAGGAGGUGGUUCCCCAUCCUGACUGUUCUCCAGUUUUUCUUCUACAUGGGCUGGCUCAAGGUAGCCGAGACUUUGAUCAAUCCAUUCGGAGAGGAUGAUGACGACUUUGAACUUAAUUGGAUUAUCGAUCGGAAUCUCACUGUUUCGUAUUGCAUUGUGGACGAGAUGCACCAGGAGCACCCGGAACUUGUUAAGGAUCAGUACUGGGAAGAGGUCUUCCCUAAUGAAAUGCCCUACACUAUACCAACUAUGCGACACAACCCUCCGGAAGCUUCCACUGCCUAUAUGGAAACCCAGAAGAGACAACAUGGAUCGGGACUUUCGACUCUCAGUGGUAACCCUAGUCGUCGUAGUAGCAGCCGUAGUACCCGUUUACGGAACAACUUUAAACAGAACUUCUUGGGAAGACCCUCUGCCACUGGGAGCUACUCAGACUCCUUUCAAUUGGAAGACGGACAAUCUCGAAUGACCUCCAGUGGAAGUCAGUUUACCAUGGAACCGCAAGAUCUGCACAGCUCCCGUAAACCUUCUCAAUCCACGAUUGAUUUUAAUGCUCUGAUUGAGCAGCGUCGUCGUGAGCGCAGGGAGCGAAUGCGCCACCGGUUUUUGGAUAUGAGAAGUACCCAUCUACGUCACGAUACUUCCGGUGCCCCCUACACGGUCACAGUUCUUCGUCCGCCGUCGGAUGAAACUCUGUCGGAAAGUCAGGAAGCGGGAGACAGAGCUCAACAGGACCCUUCAACCAAGCCAUCCCCCCAAAAUAAAACAGAAAAGAACGAUUAGAGAAUUGAAGAAUAGAAAAUAAUGAAUUACAAUUCAUUGAUAAACCUCAACAAGAUACAGCUUAUUAAUUUUACCUUAAAACGUUUGGGUAAUCCAUUUAAAAAUAAAAUUAAAAUAAUUCCAUUAGUCUCUUUGAAAGGGGGGAAAUAAUUAUCCACAUUGGAAAA